CUCCUUGAUGAUCUUGAGGUCCAUUUCAUCUCCAGAUGUCAGCUUCCAGCGGUUGUGCAGAGCUGCUGUUUACCUGCUGUUGUCGUGAGUGAUGGCAAGUUCUGCCGAGCUGGGCUUUCUGUUGUCUUAAGGCAUAUAAUACAGAAAACAUAUGAGGCAGAUCCAUCUAAAAAGGAUGUUUUGGAGCUCUUAGGUUUUAAGAAGACCUGCUUAAAAGCCUGUGCUGAAGUUAGCCAGUGGACCAGACUUUGUGAGAUCAGCAUACCUCUGGCUGUUGAAGGAUUUUUGACGGCGUCUCCCGAGCGCUGUCAGUCUAUUCCUCCUGACAUUUUACAGCUUGAGAGGAAGCUUGGAGAACCUGUCCGAGUACAUAACGAUGACAAAAUUCGAAGGCAAAAACUUCAACAACAGAAGGCAGGUGCCAAGGCUGCAGUGCCUGUGCUUGGGAAAGAAGGAACAGAGGAAGGAAAACCAGUAGAAACGCAUGAACAUCCACUCCCAAGUUUGGAACUGAGCAUAGCUUUCUCCAAGCUGCUUGUCCAAGAGGUAUCAGAUGCCGUCAACAGGGAGGCCCCUCACAUCAGGAGAACAAAAACCUCUGACCUUCCACCAUUGGACCACGUUUUUGCAGAAGGGCUUUAUUUUACCUUGGCAGAUAUAGUGCUUUUGCCAUGC